ACGACGGGAUGGGAGGGAGUGUGUGAUGGAGAGAUAGCGGGCGAGAGAGAGAGAGAGAGCGAGAAAGAGGGCAAAGUGAGGAGAGUGCGCAUGUGCAGCAGUGAGGUGUGCUCGCUUGGAACCGACGAAGGAGGAGGAGGAGGAGCUGUUGUGAAGCGGGGCUGAUAAGAGCCCAGGAGAGCGGGACGGCAAGGAAAACAAUCCGGUUUGAUUCAAAACCCAGGGGCCAGAAGGACUUAAGCUAUAGCAGGGAGGAAGAGGAAGGAUGGAGACGGCCGAGAGAGACGCACCGACGCACCCCGGAGGAGGCAGAGCGGCGGCGUGAAGGACAAAAGAAGAGAGAUGUGGACGUGCCUCCACCUUGCCUCCUCCAUCUUAACAUUGCCUCCAUCCUCAUCCUGCCGGAGAAGCGAACGCCGCCACCUUCUCCUCCCGCUUGCUGAAUAAAGACCCCCCCCCCCCAACGAGGCUUAAGGUAGACACGCCAAAGCUAUCUGGAGGACCUGUUUUCACCACCGAAAGAGGCGCGAAAUCUCAAAGGACGCCUUCGCUUAAAUCGUAGGCCGCCAUCUUGUCACCAAGGCCGCGAGCCAACCGGAGAGGGUCUGCUGAGUGAAUUGGGCAGAGCACAAUAUAAACACCGAAUUCACUCUGAGACACUUGGAAUUGAAUCGUUCCGCCCCCGUGAACGCAACCUUCCGCCAACCCGUCGCGUGCGUGCAUCUAAUGUGAUCGCUUGGUGCUAACUGUGUGAAUAUCAUGUUAUUUUAAGAGGUAAGUGGCCAACACCGGUCAAAGAAGCUGGACUGUUUAUUCUUAAGCUUUGAAUUAAGGUGCUCUGGCUCAACUCUUCAACCCAGCAAGCCCUCCCAAGGAUUCAGGCUGACAGGAGCCUUCAUCAGGGUCGGGGGCGGGGUCUCUCAAGGCAACAUGGAGGCAGCGCUUCGUCCACAUGUGCCCUCUAAUGGCUGACUUUAACAUUGCAACGCGACCGAGUUCUCUUGCCUAGAACCCCCUUUCGAGCCUCUUUGCGUCCACUUCCGAAAUCCAAAUGUCUUGCCUCAGGCGUCAGCCCGUCACCAUCCCGAUGGACACGGUCAAGAUCAUCCAGUCCGAGAAGUUCCCCAGAGAGUGCACGGUGCCCGUCACCCAGCCUCGCUUCGCCCCGCCCCCCAGGGUGGCGUGGGACGGCGGCGGCGGCGGCGGCGGCGAGGGGGAGAUCAUCGUCAACCAGGCAUGCAGCGACCUGAAGCUGGACGUGACGGUGGCGACCCCCAGGCCCACGCCGUCCCCGCAGACCCCCGCGGUCCGCAGGGAGCAGAGCUUCUUAGCGCAACGCAAAACCAGUGCCAACGAGAUCUGCUACCACCAGUUCCACUACAAGAUGGAGGACGUCAUCGUCAAUCAGUACGUGCUGCGCUCCUCCUCCACGUCCUCGUCAUCGUCCUCGACCUCUUCGGGGCCCCCCGUGCCCUGCGAGCCCCUGGACUGCCCCACCUGCGGCCACACCUACAACUUCGCCGGCAAGCGCCCUCGCAUCUUGUCCUGCCUGCACUCGGUGUGCGAGGAGUGCCUGCAGAUCCUUUACGAGUCGUGCCCCAAGUACAAGUUCAUCUCCUGCCCCACCUGCCGCCGCGAGACCGUGCUGUUUACCGAUUACGGCCUGGCGGCGCUCGCCAUCAACACCAGCAUCCUGAGCCGGCUGCCCGCCGACCCCAACGGGCCCGUGCAGUGGGGCGGAGACGUCGACCGCAGCUGCUACCAGACUGUGCGCCAGUACUGCCAGUCGGCCUGCACCUGCCACAUCGCCAACCCGCUGUCCACCUGCGGCAUCAUGUAGACAAAAUGCGGGCGCCGCGUAAACGCUGCUCAGCCACACCUUUGUCGACUAUAAGCUCUCCCCCCUUACCCUCAUACACACACAGAUACUGUCAAUAAUCCCUCCACAGAUGACUUAUCUCUCUAUAUAUUUAAUAGCACAGAUGGAUACUGUGUGGGACUUCUGGUUGCAGACGGUUCGAUAAAUAGUUAAUAUAUGUAUUUUACGUAUGGACUGGAAUCCUGUUCACCCUCUCUCGUUUGGUUGGAUGUGUUUGUCAUCUCUUUUCAUGGGAAUGCCAAGGGGAGUCGAGUACCCCCCACCCCCACCACCCCAUCAAGGUGAAUAAAGAUUAAAUUAAUGACAA